AUGUUCUUUGAUGGAGCUGUAAAUGCAAAGGGUGUUGGGAUUGGGGCAAUUUUUAUUUCGCCCAUGGGUCAGCACUAUCCGGCUACAGCCCGUCUUCGAUUCUUCUGUAUGAAUAAUACCGCUGAAUAUGAAGCUUGCAUCAUGGGCAUGAACAUGUCAAUUGAUACGGAUGUAGAAGAAUUAUUAAUCAUCGGAGAUUCUGAUUUGAUCAUUCGGCAAGCACAAGGUGAAUGGGAAACUCGAGAUAUCAAGCUUAUCUCAUAUAGACAACAUGUGGAAGAUCUUAGCAAACGGUUCAAAUCCGUUGAAUUUGGGUAUAUUCCUCGAUUCCACAAUGAGUUAGCUGAUGCACUAGCUACUUUAGCUGCACUGCUGCCGUAUCUAGGCAACAUCUAUAUUGACCUGUUGGAGAUUCAAAUCCGGGAAAGACAUGGUUAUUGCAACACGGUUAAAGUAAAACCAGAUUCCCAACCAUGGUAUCAUGAUAUUAAAAGGUUCUUGAAAACAAAGGAAUACCUUGAUCAGGCCAAUGGAGACCAAAAGAGAACCAUUAGAAGGCUCGCCAGCAGUUUCUUCUUAAGCGGAGAAGUAUUGUAUAAAAGAACCCCAUAUUUGAAUCUUUCGAGGUGUGUGGAUGCCAAAGAAGCUAAAAAGAUCAUGAACGAAGUGCAUUCGGGAGUAUGCGAGACCCACAUGAAUGGAUAUGUCCUUGCAAAGAAAAUCCUGUGGGCAAUUGAUUAA